ACAGGCAACUAGAAUGAAGUACGUGAAACAAGAACGUCACUAUUGGCGUACUCCGUAUAUGUUGUUUCUAUAUAUACACAAGACUACAAGUUGUGUUUCCUCCAUUAUAUUGGCUUUCACACCGACUUAUAUUUUCCAUUUAUGCAAUACCUCAACCAACAAAAAUGGCGGACACCCAAUCCAGAGCACCCCAUGUCCUCGUCGUACCCACCCCCGGAAUCGGACAUCUCACGCCGCUCGUGGAGUUCGCCAAGCGCCUCUCUCUCCAGCACAACUUCUCCGUCACUUUCAUCCUCCCCACCGACGGCCCCAUUUCCGCCGCCCACAAGUCAAUCCUCGAAAACCUCCCCGCCGGGAUUUCGUACACGCUUCUUCCGCCGGUCAACUUCGACGACUUGCCGGAGGACGUGAAGAUCGAGACUCGGAUUUCCCUCCAGAUCACCCGCUCCCUCCCGGCCCUCCGCGACGCGUUCCGGUCAAUCUUCGCGACUGCGAAACCCGUCGCUCUCGUCGUCGAUCUAUUCGGGACGGAUUGUUUUCAGGUCGCCGUCGAAUUUGGCGUUUCGCCGUAUAUUUUUUUCCCGUCGACGGCGGUGUGCUUGUCCUUCUUCCUUAACUUGCCGGAGAUUGACGGGAAGGUGUCCUGUGAGUAUAGAGAAAUGUCUGAGCCGGUCCAGCUCCCGGGAUGUAUCCCGGUCCGCGGCGAGGAUCUGUUGGACCCGGUCCAGGACCGGAAGGACGAGGCUUACAGAUGGGUCCUUCACCACACGAAGCAGUACAGAAUGGCGGAGGGUAUUCUCGUCAAUUCGUUCGAGGAUUUGGAGCCCGGCGCGCUGAAAGCCUUACAGGAACCUGAACCGGGGAAGCCGCCGGUCUACCCGGUCGGACCGUUGACAAAACUCGGGCAGCCCAAAGGGACGACGAACCGGUGCCCGGUCCUGGAGUGGCUGGACCACCAACCACGUGAUUCAGUUAUUUACGUGUCUUUCGGCAGCGGCGGGACCCACACACAGAAACAACUGGACGAAAUCGCCUGGGGAUUGGAGACGAGCGGGCAGCGGUUUGUUUGGGUAGUCAAGUGCCCAAACGACGUCAUUUCGAACGCCGCGUAUUUCAACGUUCAAAGCUCGGCGAGCCCCGUUGACUUUCUGCCGGAAGGUUUUACCGAGCGUACGAAGGAGACUGGAUUGGUUGUCCCGGACUGGGCCCCGCAGUCCCAAAUACUGAGCCACGAGGCCGUAGGAGGGUUCCUGACCCAUUGCGGGUGGAACUCGAUCCUCGAAAGUCUGGUUCAUGGGGUCCCUUUCGUCGCGUGGCCGAUGUAUGCCGAGCAGAAAAUGAACGCGGCCAUGUUGACCGAGGGUCUUCGGAUAGCGUUGAGACCGAACCGGGGCGAAGACGGGCUGGUCGGGAGAGCGGAAAUCGCUAAAGCUGUAAAAGCAUUGAUCGGAGGGGAAGAAGGGGAAGAAGUUCGUCGGAGGAUGAGCGAGCUGAAAGAAGCUGCCCGCCGCGUGCUCAGCCCGGAGGGGUCUUCCACAAAGGCUCUGGCUCGUUUCGCCGCCAAACUCAAAGAGAAAUCCAGUUAAUCAGCCACGGUCAUGUUUGUUGUUUUGAUGGUCUGAUUUUUUCUUGUGAAUUAUUACACGUAUGUUUGAUUGAUGCCGGAUCAUUUGAUCUAGAGCAGAAUAGGCUCCCACAUUUUCUUUAUGCUUCCUUUUUUGACCUGUAACAAAAUAAUCUUCAAUAUCGUGGAAGACUUUUUAAUCGUGAUGUCCUUUUUAAUCUGUUUGUAACAAAAUAAAGUUUUCAAAGAUUUUGUGAUUUAAAUUAUUUCUUUCCA